UCUGUCUCGUGAGAUCUUUAUUUCGGAGUAAGCAGCUCAUGGCCACGUCGAAAGUUUAGAAUGGGGAAGAAACACAACGGCUGAGAGGUGAAGGCUUUCGAAUGUAGUCGCUGUGAACAGUGGCAACAGCCCAACAUAGUGUCAGCCUGGUAAAUAGUAAUUAGUAUGGCCGACACAACCAAGAAUCACCUUGCCCAGCAUGCGCAUAUUGUAGAGGAACAAAUGGCUCGCUUUGGAAAAGCCAAGGAGGCGCUAAUAAGCAGUCAUUCUAACCUGGCCAGUUUGGCUGAUUAUUGUGACAAUCAGUACGAAGAAGCUGCCUCGGAUGCCUCCAGGCGAAAAAAUUUCCAGACGUCGAAAUCUUACGCCGUUCAAGCAAUGGGAAGUCUCGCGUACCAAAUAAACGAGUCCACUUCAUCCGUGCUUGGAGUGUUGGACGUAGUUGACGAUACGUGCCAGUCGAUCCUAUCCGAUGCUAGCCAGAUCAUAUUGAAUGUAGAGGUCCAUCGGGAGAAGGUCGCCAAGCGAGAAGCAAACGGGGUUUGUAAGCCCAAGCUGGCCAAAAAGCGCCAGCAGAAGAUUAUUCCGCCGAAACAUAUCGAGGUAGCGGUGUACCCGGGGCACAAGACGCUGAACAUGAAUUUGCUGGACAAGAUCGGGUGCGGGCCGAUGGAUUUCAGCGUCGUGCAGACUGAGUAUGGCCUGACGCCGAACGACUUACUGCUUGGUGGUGAUGUUCUCGCAAACGUCCCCGGAAACUCACCAAUUCGCAGAGCUAGUGGUCCAUCACCGCGGGCCAGGGGCAGUAAUAGUGCAACUCGAACCAGGUGGGGUGCCCCUGUGGACACGGUUGGCUUCUUCGAGAUGUCUACCCCGCGGCCACCCACAGCAUCGGAAUCCAAAGAGGACGCUGGAAGCAGACCCGGAAGUGGCCGUAGAGAGACGCUUCCUACAUGCUUAUCGCCUUCACUGACAACGACGACGCAGCACACGAACCGACCUAGAUCCUCUAGCUUGAACGAUAUCCAUGCCAUUGCGCCCAGCAACCAGGAAAACAUCUGCGCUGAUCAGGCGCAAACGGCGCAAUACUCCACCUUCGACGAAAGCCUGACUACAGCUGGCUCAAGAAGGGCAACCCUAUCUGUAACCUCACAAACAGCAGCUAGCACAAAACUAAGCAAGAGUGAAAAUGACAUCUAUUCAAAUUGGCCGCAGGUUCGCAAGGAAAGCCUCCAGCGAAUGGAAAUCGGGCCGAGACCUCCUCCUCCGAUGAACCCGCCUCCCAAUGACUCCUACAUGAAUGUUCAACGUCGCCGCACCUUGACCGAGGAACAUUGUCCAUUACCACGGCUGCCACCAGCACCAUUGAGUAACACAGCGGAUUCAACAGACGACGCCAUUCAGUACGAGACGGUGAUGUACGAUACGGUGAAACCGCUCGCCGAUGACAUGAGCCUUUCUCCAUCACCGGCACCGACGCCCGAGGUCACCAAGAUCGCAGAAACAGUCAAGCACCCCACCACGGCCUGGCCGACACAAGAGCCCAUUGAGUAUGAUGUACCGAUGGCAGACGUGAUGAAUAACGACGUGCCGUUGCUACCACCCGUCAAAACCGAACGAACUGCCUGCCUGGGCCCAGCAACCGUCUUGUACGACUUCACACCCAGUGCAGCCGAUGAGCUCGCCGUCGUGCAGGGCGAAAUGGUGACGAUUCUCAAUAUCCUGGAGUCGGACGACCGCUGGUAUAACGCACACAACGCUGACGGUGGCCACGGUCUGGUGCCGUGUAACUAUGUACAGCUGCAUGUGACCAGUAAUAUUCUGUGAGGACAAGACUCAGCGCGCUGUACGAAACGGUUCUAGUGGAGAAUUCGAAGCCUGACGUCAAGUUUCGAUACAUUGUACAUUGUAGUGUACUUUUUUUGUAGUGCCAGUAGUCGUGUAGCCCUUGGCGGGUGUGUUUCAGGCAUGUUUGGUGUGUGGAUAACUAACUUUUACCAACUAACUACUUGAGCAAGGAAGUACCCACCUAUUUAUGGCCCAUAAGGUUUGUAUGGUUCUCCCUUUCGAGCAGAAUCUGCCCGGUUAUUUUGGAGAAUUAUCCUCCAAGGGCUACCAUGGCUACUGCACUGACGACUAGGUCUUUGAAGACGACUCAUUUUUCACUGCUGACGUCAAGUUUCGAGUGAAUUCAAACGCAGCAACGGUGGCAUGC